AUGCCAGGACUGAACACUCUCCCGCCUUUUCCGGACGAUGUGCCUACUCAUCCGCUGCUCGUAGUGGACUAUGAGCUCAUCAAGGCCGGAGAUGAGGAUGAGAUCAACAAAUUAUGGGACGCAGCGGCGCACCUCGGCUUCUGGUACUUGAAGAACCACGGCGCUGACGAGGAGGUGGCUCAGAUGUUUGAUAUGGGGGAUGAAACGAUGCAGCUGCCUUUCGAGGAGAAGAUGAAAUAUGAGCAGGGAGAUGAGGGAUUGUCCUGCGGGUACAAGGCGCCCGGUGCAAACGCCACAGAUGAGAGCGGUGCCCUAGACACCGCAGAGUUCAUUAACAUUGCCAAAGAUGAUGCAUUAGCCUGGCCUGGCCACGUAUAUCGCACGUACCCCUCGACUGUUAAUGCACGCAUGGAGUUGACCAUUAUCCCGUUCGUGCGGAAGAGUCUUGAGGUGAAUCGCACCUUGAUAGACGUGCUCAAUGAGAAACUGGGGCUCCCGAAUGGCGCACUUUUGAAAAGGCAUUCCCUCGACGAGCACAGCGGAAGCGAGGCGCGAUGCAUCCGGUCGCCUCCUAUGCCUCCAGGAUCACCGGAUAACAAGGCAGCAAUUGGCGGACACACAGAUUUCGGGUCGUUGUCGUUCCUGCACAAUCGGCUUGGCGGGCUGCAGGUCAUGGUACCAGGCACGGAUACAUGGCAAUAUGUGAAGCCCAUUCCCGGGCAUGCGAUCUGCAAUCUCGGAGAUGCCAUGACGAUCUUCAGCGGGGGUAUCCUCAAGUCGAACCUACACCGCGUGAUAUCGCCCCCGAAGGAACAGGCAAAACAUGUGCGCUGGUCGCUCGUGUUCUUCACGCGGCCGGGGAACUCUGUUGAGCUGCGCACGCUCGCGGACGAGAGCCCUCUUAUCGCGCAAGCGGUUGCGGAGGACCCAGAUAGGAGCUAUCAGACGGGAGUCACUUCGAAAGACUGGUUCGCUAGGAGGAUCAAGAAUCAGAGAAUCAAGAACAGGAAGGGGCCAGAGACAUGGCGUGCUAGCAGGGGUAUGGAGCAUCGACCCGCAGCAGCUUGA